GCAUUUUGCAACCGAUUAACAGUUUACUGCAUAUUUUAUUGCUUUGUUAAUUUAGUUAAUUUGCAGGUAACAAUUAAUAACUGUUGUGGGUAUUGUCCAUUAAGUAUGUAAGUUUGAGGCAAGAUGUUUCGUAUAUUCAUUCUUCUAUAUGGUCUUUCACUGACCCAAGCGUACAAAGUCAAGGUUUCAGGAAAAUUUUCAUUAGGAAACGAUCUUGCUAGGGCCUUCAAUGAAUUGUGCACCCAAUUGGUCGACAAGGGUAUUGUACCCCAAGAGGUGGUAGAUAACAUUAUGAACAAAGAAAAGGACCAGGAAGAUUCUGAGGACAAAGAGAAUCAGGAGCAAAAGGCACCACCACUUUGGGAUAGACACGAAGAUGGGGCACAAAAUUACGAUGAUAAAACAAAAAAGGUCAAGAGAAAAGAUAAGGCGACACAGGACGAUAAUGCGCCCGUGUUGGACAAAAUGUUGCACAACAAUGCUGAUAAGAUGCAUUUGUACGGCUACCAUAAGCAACCGAGCAAUAAGCCUGAAGAUUUUACUGGGAAACCUUUGAAUAAUGUACAUGUGUAAUUUUUUGGUGAAAUAAAUUGUUUCUG